AUGAAAUACACAAGGGCAUACUUUAACUCUGACCUCAAUGUGGUUAGGGAAGAAAUAAUGGCUUUGCAGCAAAAACUGGCUAAUCGAGUAGAUGCCCUUGAUGAUUACCACAAAUGCAAAAAUCUAAAGCUCAGGGGCAUCGCCGAAACGGUGGAGGACGAAGAACUACCACACUUUGUUAGAAGAUUGCUGACAACUCUCCUGCCCCAACGACAAGUCAAAUCACUGCCAAUUGAAAGCUGUCACCAACUACCCACCUUGAAUAAAACACCAGCAGGUGUACCUAGAGAUGUGCUAAUCUGCUUCUCGUCGUUCCGCGACAAAAAGCAGGUGCUGGAGACACUGCGGACGCAGUCAGCAAUACAAUUCGAGACCUCAAGCCUCACAGCUCUACAAGACCUCUGCCAGUCGACACUGGAAUGGAGCCAAGCCUACAUGCCGUAUCACUGGGGGACAGCUCACUCACUUUUGGCCACUAACUCAGCUACCUUCCUGCAGUCCUUGGGUAUCUCCAGCCACAACAUGGGACACUUCAACAAUUACCCCUUUUGUUCCACGCUCUGUCACCGACACAGAAUGAACUCUGUCUUGCAUACUGGGCAUACCCUGCCAGCUAUAAGGUUCCUUCAGUAA